AUGAAGGUAUUUGAAGUUGCUUCAGAGGCAAGGGCGGGACCCGCGGCUGCCGCGGUUGUCGUCCGCUCGCUGGCAGCGAGGUUCCCGCGGCCCGGUGACCUGGCCUCGGCGGGAGCAGCCACGACGGCGGCGACCUCGGGUGGGGGCCCGGGCAGCUCGCGGAGGGUCGGGGGCGGUCCCCGCGGCCUACAGCCGGCAACGCCGAGCCCGGAGGAGACAGCCGCAGGCGGGGGCGGGGGUUCUGGGCUGCCCCCUUCAGGCGCUGCGCCGGCCCGCGCCGCCACUCUCACGGCCCGGCGGCCCCUGCCCGCUGUGCGCUUCCUCUCCGUGCCUCAGGCCUCAGCCGGGACUCGGGGGGGCGCGGCGGGGCUCGGCACGCGACGGCCCCUGGGGAGCUGGGGUCCGGAGAGACCCGGCUUCACCUCCCGCCCGCCUAGGGCCGCGAGACCCUCGGGAGGCGCCUCCGCAAGGCCAGAGAGCGACGGGCGUCUUCCACUUCUCUUCUUGAGCCCGAGGAAUCUUCCGAUAAUUCUGCCGCCACGACUUGAACCGUGUGCGAGGCGAGCUCGAAACAAACAUCACAUCUAAAUUAAAAAAAAAAAAAAAAAAAAAAAAAAAAGCGGNCG